AUGGACCAUGAGCGCAGAAGCCGGAGUUCGUCCCGUGAAAGGGGUGAGAGCUGGAAGCGGAGAGACCGAUUCAACAAGGAGAAAGCAGAAGAGCGUCAUGAGGAGAGCCGGGAUCGUGAGGAGCAAAAUGAACGGAACUCGAUAUUAGAGCAGCUGGAAAGAGAACGUCGUACCGUCUUUGUACGUGGCUUAACGACGGAAGCGACAGACAGUGAGAUCAUCUCAUUUUUUAAGUCUGCCGGAACGGUAGUGACGGUUAAACAAAUCAUCGAUCAAAUCACUCAACAUUCGCGAGGGUUUGGUUAUGUGGAGUUUCAAACUAUAGAAGAAGCUAAUAAAGCUAUAAAUAUGAGUGGGAAAUUUUUUAAAGAAGGAAUUCCUUUGUUUGUGGCCGAUUCAAAUUCUCAACAAAAUAGAAACGUGUCAACAGUGGCUGCUUUGCCACUGGAAAGUAAAACUAUUCGAGUUAGAAAUUUAAUUAAACAAUUAGAUUUGGACGAUAUUAAUCAGGUCUUUGGAGUGACCGGAACGAUCGUCAAAAGAGAGUUGAAAAGAGAUGGAGAUUUCAAUUGCGCACUUAUAGAAUUCGAAACUAUAAAACAAGCUAAAAAAGCUAUUGAGUUAUACGACGGCCGAAAAUUCGGAAACGUCAAGUGGGAAGUCUUUUCGGUGAAAGAGAAUGGGUCAGAUUGUAUCAAUGAAGAUGAUGAGAAGUUAUUAGCGCAAAGAACAAAAGAGAUGAUGAUGCAAAGAUUGCAGGGUGGCGGAACGGUGUUUGAUCAAGAAAAUAAAGAGGGUCGAAAAGCCUUAUUUGUUCAGAACAUGUUCUCUUUAGCAAAAGAAAAAAGUGGAUUUGAGGCGGAAUUGAGGGAUGAUGUGUUCGAGGAAUUAAAGCAAUACUGCCGCGUGAAAGACGUGAUUGUCGAUAUCCAUCACCCUAAAGGCGUCGUCUAUGUCGUUUGUGAAACAGCUUUAGAUACUCAAAAAGCAUUUUCAGUACUUAACUUGAGAUGGUUUAAUAUGAGACUCAUUCGAGCCGAGUACUUCCCGGAAAACAAGGUGCCAGUGAUUAAAAAUUGA